UUUGUGACCUUUAUAAAUUUGACCCCCAAACGUUCGUUUCGAAGUCUCUCCUCUCUCUCAUUCCCCACCGGCACCGCCGACCGUCAGAUCGCCGGAAACCCCUCGUCCCGACCCUCCCCCAUCGCUCGGUUAAUUUCCCGGAACAAGCCGGUCUAGGUCACGACCCAGAUCUGUUUGUGAUUCUGGAGGUUUGUGCAUACUUUUUGAGAGAUCGAGGGUUCUAGCGAGAAUUUGAUGUGUUAGGCGGCGCGGUGGUUGAGUGUCGGUGAAGUUUUGAAUUGACUUGGGAACGGGGCUUCGCAAUCUUCGUCUCGAAUCGGUGUCGGUGGGCAUAAUUCGCCGGAUUCCGCCAGCUUUUCACCGACAUUUCUUAUCCGGUGCAGCAGUGGGAAGAUGCAGCAAGAUCUGCGCAAGAAGACUUCCAAAGAGAUGGAGUUCUUCACAGAGUAUGGGGAUGCAAACCGGUACAGAAUCCUUGAGAUUAUAGGAAAAGGAAGCUAUGGUGUUGUUUGUGCAGCCAUCGACACUCAUACUGGGGAAAAAGUGGCAAUUAAAAAAAUAAAUGAUAUUUUUGAGCACAUCUCUGAUGCAAUUCGGAUUUUGAGGGAAGUGAAGUUGCUUAGGCUUUUGAGGCAUCCGGAUAUUGUGGAAAUCAAACGAAUUAUGAUUCCUCCUUCACGGCGGGACUUCAAAGAUAUAUAUGUUGUUUUUGAGCUCAUGGAAUCUGAUCUUCAUCAAGUUAUUAAAGCCAAUGACGAUUUGACGCAAGAACACCACCGUUUUUUUCUCUAUCAGAUGCUGCGUGCUCUGAAAUAUAUGCACACAGCCAAUGUUUAUCAUCGAGAUCUUAAACCAAAAAACAUAUUGGCAAAUGCAAACUGCAAACUAAAAAUAUGUGAUUUUGGAUUAGCAAGGGUUGCAUUCAGCGACACGCCUACUACUGUAUUUUGGACGGAUUAUGUCGCCACAAGAUGGUACAGGGCUCCCGAGUUAUGUGGAUCUUUUUUCUCCAAGUAUACUCCCGCCAUUGAUAUUUGGAGUAUUGGCUGCAUCUUCGCGGAGGUUCUGACUGGGAGACCACUUUUCCCCGGUAAAAGUGUUGUUCAUCAGUUGGAACUGAUUACUGAUCUUCUUGGGACACCACCAGCAGAAACCGUUUCAGGGGUUCGUAACGAGAAGGCUAGGAAAUAUCUAAUGGAUAUGCGCAAAAAGAAUCCAGUUCCUUUUGCCCAGAAAUUUCAGGGGUUGGAUCCAUUGGCAGUUCGACUGAUGCAGAGACUGUUGGCAUUUGACCCUAAGGACCGUCCAACGGCUGAGCAGGCGUUGGCUGAUCCUUACUUCAAAGGACUAGCCAAGAUUGAGAGAGAACCUUCUUGUCAACCAAUCUCUAAGCUGGAAUUUGAGUUUGAGCGCCGGAGGCUGACAAAGGAUGAUGUUCGAGAAUUAAUAUAUAGGGAGAUUUUAGAAUAUCAUCCUCAACUUCUGAAGGACUACAUUUCCGGAAACGAUGCAAGUUACCUCUACCCCAGUGCUAUUGGUCAAUUUAGAAGGCAAUUUGCUUAUCUUGAAGAAAAGAGCAGUAACAACGGGCCAGUGAUUCCUCCCGAAAGAAAGCAUGUCUCUCUUCCACGUUCCACAGUUAAUUCAAGUACCGUCCCACCCAAAACCCAACCAAGUGGGCCCAUGUGUGAUCAUCGCCGAAUGACCGAAGUAUAUGUGGAUGCCAGAGUUGCAGAGACCGUUUGUAAUCACCUACCCAAGGUUUCACGACCACCACCUCCCGUUCCAGCAGCUGCAGCCAAACCGAGAGUUGUGGGCCCGGUUCUACCCCUAGAUGGACACAUACAUUCUCGGAAUCCGGUCAUGCAUCCGCAGGGAAUGCCUUCCCAUUAUUAUGUAUAUAGGACUACUAACUCAGGAAAGAACGAAGAACAGUAUGGAGGAGCGGAGAUUGGGAAAGAUUCCUCUCACCAUCACCACCACCACCACCACCACCAUGUGCCGUUGUCAUCCGAUGCAAAGCUAACCCCACCUACUAGAUCCAACCCAGGCGGCGGCGGUGUUAUUAACAGCAACCCUUAUUGCCACCACCAGUCACAUGCAAAUAAUGUAGGCCAACUAAGUAGUCAGAUGGUGGCGCUUGAUGCUAAACUUAUGCAGCAGGCACAGACUCAUCGCGAGGUCGGUGCCGUUGUCCAGUAUGGUCUGAUUUGAUCAUCUCCCUGUUUAAAGCAAACCAUCUUUAAGUGUAUUGUGUCCUCCAAUUUAGAGUAUAGAUCAGAAGAGGGGCGGGUUUGUUUCUGCCCUGUGAAAAUCUUUGGUUUUAGGGUACCCUCUUGCUCGGUUAUUCAUACCCCGUGUAAAAGUCAGGUGUUGUAUCAAUUGUUUCCUGAUUAAUAAUAAUAAUAAGUUACUCCUUGU